CAGUUUGUGGUUCAAAACAAACAAAAAAAAAGGAACUGCAUAUAAACCUUUCAUCCACAUCUGCAGAGCCGAAGUCCAUGUUACAUCAUGAGACUGAAGUGAAAAUUUGGGAAAUUUGGGCACCCCAGUGACUCAAAGCUUGGCCCCAGACCAUAAUAUUGGCCAAUUCUGUAAACUUUGCCCCUCCAGACUGAGUCAAUAAAUUCACCUGUCAUAGCUUUCUGCUCACAGUUUUGGGUCAGAAUAAAUCCAAUUCAGAGGUGAUGGGAUUACAGGGAACAUUCACUUGGCUGUGCACAUGCACAUUUGCAGUCUUGUCUCUCUCUGCACCUCAUGAUGAUACGCUUCUUCAGGACUGCAACUUACAAACUGAGCUCGUGGACCGACUAUCAGCUGAUCUCAAGGUGGCUGCAGAGUGCAGUGAGAACCUGCCGUCUACUUUGAGUGCACAGCGGACAGCUUCACUACUACUCUCCCUUAAGAAUGGGACUGAUGCUCUGCACAAACAGCUGCUCAAAGAAUGUCAAGGUGCUGAGCCAAACCAAUGCCCUGAUGCUGAAGUCCCCCACAAUGGAGGGUUAGUGUGCGUCACAGUUGCCAAUAAGCGCUACUGCAAACCUCUGUGCAACGAUGGUUAUGACUUUGGUUUCAUAAGGAGGAGUCGUGUGUAUGAUGAAUGCAGUGAGCAGACAGGAUUUAAAUGGAACACUCAGUACAUAGGAGGAAACAAACUGGCUGUGUGUAACGAAGCAUCUAUUCAAGUUUCUGGGGCAGCGACGGCCUAUUUUCCCAAAUAUCAGGACUGCCUAACAACCAAGAGCAGCAGCCAACAGCAGAAAAGCAUCAUUGAACUUUUUACCUUAGAGCUGCAGAAUCAGGGCAUACAGGGACAGCCAAUGCAUGAGUGUCUCGUAUGUGGAGCCCUGUGAGUUAACAGAAGUCUGGGAAAAUGUCCCUCCAUGUUGCAUUGAAAAACUAAAGAUUUGUCAUAAGUUUAGUGUGUAUAAAAUUAAAAUGACUUCAAGUUUCAUGUAUCUGAACCUCAGCUGUUUCCUUUGUUGACUAUGGGUGGGAAUUAGUUUUUCAUCUUCACCCCCUUAGAGGCGGGGGAGCAGUUAGCUUUUAGAAAUGUCUGCCUUUGACUGUUGUCUACUAAUGGAGCCACUACAAUCACAUUUGUAUAGACUACUUUUGCUACACUAGCAGCUCUGCUUGGUUCUUACAUAGAAAAUUACAAAGCUGUGGGUGACUUAGGAAUAUUUAGCACUUGUGUGUUUCUCGUUGACUGGCACAAAAAAUAAAAAGUGUGUGCUGUGGAUGGCCGGAGUACAAGUCAGGUUCUUAUCAAUGUCGAAAGAGUCUGUACACUGCAGCCAUUUCCUCUGACUACAUAGUGUUUCAAGGUUCCCAGCAAUGAUUAAAAGAACUUCCUACUUG